GCAUUUUCCUUUCAACAAAACCCCAAGACUGUGUCAUUAAUUGUCAUCAUUUAUUGGCAAAUAAUCAGGUACAGCAGCAGAACUCUUGCUUCCACAUUAAGCAGUUAAGGCAUUAAAGAUGAGAUUGUGGCUUGAUACAGUAAUUUUUAUCAAAACUAUUUCUUGUAAUAGUUGUAGCAGAGAUAAAGUAGGGAAAUCUGCAUCAACUAAAAGGUUUAACGAUAUGAUUUAAAGAAUUAAACCAAUUUCUGGUAAUAAUAUCAACAUUUUGCAUGUUUGGUUUAUAAAAAAAAAAAACAUACAUAGAUGUCUUCAGAACAGCAAACAAACGUGAAGUCAGAAAACUAUUUUUUUUAUUAUAUAUCAAAGUUAAUUUUUCCCUGUUGUUACACCUGGUUCAACUUUGCCCUUUAUGUGUUGAUGUCACCAAAGUGGAGAAGUAAAAGGUCAGCUCUCUGUUCAUGAGAACUCCAACCGGGGAGGACAUUGAUUAUCAAAUCAGACAGCAAGGAUCAGUCUAAAGUUCGCUGCUGUGAAACACAGACUGAAAGACACGACAGAGAUUCGAUACGAGGGAUACAGGAGGACAUCUGAGGACUGAACGCGCUGGUAUCUGAAGCGGUAAAGGCAGAAAUAAACUACACCAUUAGAGGAAAACAGAACAAAACUGAGACAUUUGCUGGGGAAAUCUCAACAGUGCUAGCGGGGAGAAGAUGGACAUCCUUGAGACAGAUGCCUAUGACAGGAGACACAGGAGAAAUGUGUCUUGCGCUCUGUUUUUCUCCCUCGUGCCUUUCUUUCUGUCCACAGCUGCCUACUUCUACCUGUGGACUCCCGACUCUCCUCCAUCCAUCAUGUCUGCAGGUGUCAAAUCAGCACCAGUGCUCUUAUUGGCUGCAGUGGUGCUGGGCUGGAAUGGAGGUCAGAGUAUCCUGGGUGUGGUGGGAGGACUGAUCUUCUCUGCUGUUGGUGAUGUCUGCUUGAUUUGGCCUGAGCUUUUUCUGUAUGGAAUGGGCGCAUUUGCUGUGGCUCAUCUGCUGUACUCGGUCUCCUUCCUAUCCAGUCGCUACAGAUCAGAUUCCUCUUCCGGAUCCUCCUUCUGGAUCCGCCUUCUGUAUCUGUUUUUGCUCAUAGAAGGAGUAGGUUUCUACAUCUUUCUGUAUCCAUUCCUGCAGAAGUUGCCAGACUCUGAUAUGCUAGUUCCAGCUGUGGGGAUCUAUGUUGCUUUGAUUAGUCUCAUGGGUGCUCUGGCAAUCAGAACCCGACACAUGCCGACGCUGCUGGGAAGUCUGAUCUUCAUGGUGUCUGAUCUGUCACUGGCUCUGCAAGUUUUCAAGGUGAUGGAAAACAUGCAGCAUGGCAACACUAUUGUCAUGGUGACAUAUUAUUUGGCACAGCUUCUAAUCGCUGUGGGUGACAUGAAGGCAGUGGAGGACAAGGAUGACUUUUCAAAAUGGAAGAGGUCCUAACCGGUAUCCCUGUGGUUUCCCUCAAUUACCCCAUUUGUUUUGUAAAACCUGUUUGUCUAAAAAAGUUUUGCAUGCUUUUUUGUUUUGAAAAGAACCCACCAAUUAAGGGACAAGAGGAAGACAAACAGAAUGAGGACAGCUCUCCUGGUCAGGAAACAAGCAAGAUCCCUUAUUAUGCAUAUCCGAUUUCUAGAUUUCAAUGAUCACACAGAAAUUUAUAUUAUUUAAAACCCUAGAAAUGUUUCCACAAACAAGACUGAAAAACACUCCAUGAAUAUGUUUGGAAUAUUUAUAUUUUGUGAUUUAAUGAUAAAAUAUUUUGCGACUAACCAUGUUUAUUUGCAAAUUGUGCACGUGUUGGCAUGAUGGGAACUGCUCAUUAUAUGUAUAUAAAUAAUCUUGUGUUUUCUUAUUUUUAAAUAAAUAUCAUGACCAUCA